AUGGCGACCGCUCGGAUUUCGCCAACGGCGCAUCUUCUUCGGAAGUCACGUUUGUUUGCACUCCCACAGGCAUUGCAAACCCCACAAGACCCGGCAUCUUCGAAGGCUGUCUUCGAGUCGAACACCGCAACCCUCCCAUAUCCCAUCCGAGCCUCCAUUGUCACGCCGCCGAAAUCACUCGCCCGAGGCCAUUGGGGCCUGAAACGUCCACUUCCGGCUAAGGCAACUUCUGAGAAGUCUCAAAGACCAGUUGUUAGAAUCCAGGCCCUGGAUACCUACGAACAUGUCACCGAUUUCGAAUCCGCCGCCGAUCACACCAUGACCCUGGAGAAGUUCCAAGAGUUGCACAUGCCAAUGUCUCUUCCCUCCAAGGUCAAUUAUGCCACCAGCAUUGUCCCUCGUCACCAGAGUCCGUUCGAGAAACAUGUCGACAACACAGAGACUAGCCAGGGGCGCGAUGUACCCGGUUCCAAACAAUUUAGACACGCUGGACCUUGGUUGGUUGGACAGACAGAGGCUGAGUUCCAAGCCUACCUGAAGGAAGUACGGGCCCAGAAGCCCGUCUUGCUGCAGAAAUUGCGUGAGCGGUUGGAGGCCAAGCUCUUUGCGGAGGCUCGGAAACAAGCACAGGACAACGGAGGGGAUUUGGAAGAGCUUGAGCCCGUCAAGGUCACCGAUGAGGAGUUCCAAACACACAUCAAGUCUCUGCGUGAGGAUCCGUUUGCCCUCGGUCCGGCCGUCUUUGAAUUGCUUGACCUUCCGUCACCCCCGGCUGUGCCCAGCGACCGAAUUGGAGACAAGUACUACCAAUCCCCCGGAACCCAGCUGUCUGCCGCCGAAUACGCCGUGAGCGGUCCCCCCCAGACACACCCCUCUGCCGGUCUUUCAUACACCCGAUCUCACGCUUUCACAUACAACCAUCCGCUACAUGGCCCCCAGGCCUUCCAGCGUCCGGUCCAGGCCCGUAUCCUGCGUCCCAAGGGCCGAUUCAAGGGCCAGACAUCUAAGGCCAUCGCUGGUGUUGGUGGUAUUGCCGUGGAGGACUUGAACGCUAUGACUUUCGUUGAGCAAGGAACACCCUCUGGUUUGACUUCCUUCGACGCAACAAUCCCGGGAGGCGCUAAAUACUGGGUCACUCCGAUCCGAGCCUCCGUCGACUCCAAGGGUCGCAUCGGUCUGUCUUCCUACCGUGCAAGCACGACCGCUAAGGCACCAUACGGAAUGGAAGACCUCAAGAAGGAGACCGCCACCAGCAUUACAUCGGCUGCCCGCCGCGAUGCUCGCUUUGUCCCACGGUUGGACAGAGAUCUCAACCAGGCGCGUUUCAGACCUUCUCGGGAGUAUAAAACACGGCAGCCGAAGCAAGCCACUGAGGAUGUUGCCCGCAGUCUCAUGCAGAACUUGAACUCGAAGCAAUGA